AUGACUGAUACACAGAUACUUAAAGACACAGAAACUGAUACAAAGAUACUUAAAGACAUAGAAACUGAUACAAAGAUAAUUAAAGACACAAAAACUGACACACGGACACUUAAUGGCACAGAAACUGAUACACAGACACAAACUGAUACACUGACACUUAGAGACACAGAAACUGAUACACUGACACUUAGAGACACAGAAACUGAUACACUGACACUUAGAGACACAGAAACUGAUACACUGACACUUAGAGACACAGAAACUGAUACACAGACAAUUAGAGACACAGAAACUGAUACACAGACACUUAAUGACACAGAAACUGAUGCACAGACACUUAAUGACACAGAAACUGAUACACUUAGAGACACAGAAACUGAUACACAGACACUUAAUGACACCGAAACUGAUACACAGACACUUAGAGACACAGAAACUGAUACACAGACACUUAGAGACACAGAAACUGAUACACAGACACUUAGAGACACAGAAACUGAUACACAGACACUUAAUGACACCGAAACUGAUACACAGACACUUAGAGACACAGAAACUGAUACACAGACACUUAAUGACACCGAAACUGAUACACAGACACUUAGAGACACAGAAACUGAUACACAGACACUUAGAGACACAGAAACUGAUACACAGACACUUAGAGACACAGAAACUGAUACACAGACACUUAAUGACACCGAAACUGAUACACAGACACUUAGAGACACAGAAACUGAUACACAGACACUUAGAGACACAGAAACUGAUACACAGACACUUAGAGACACAGAAACUGAUACACAGACACUUAAUGACACCGAAACUGAUACACAGACAUUUAGAGACACAGAAACUGAUACACAGACACUUAAUGACACCGAAACUGAUACACAGACACUUAGAGACACAGAAACUGAUACACUGACACUUAGAGACACAGAAACUGAUGCACAGACACUUAGAGACACAGAAACUGAUACACAGACACUUAGAGACACCGAAACUGAUACACAGACACUUAGAGACACCGAAACUGAAACGCCGAUACUUGUUGAUAUCCACAGCGACACGCCCACUUAG